AAUUCCUUCAUCGUGGCCCUUCAAUUCUUCACUAUUCCUCCUUCCUUCUCUGCCAUGGAACACACUAUGUUUUCCUCAUUAUCAAACUUCCAAGUGUCAUCUUUUGAUCAACCUCCACUUUUUACUAACCCUUCUAUUGAGCUUUUUCCUAGUGACUCUGAUGCAAAUACAUUUGAUGAGCUCCAUGAUGCCUCUCCACAUGCUCCACCUGGUUCUAUAGAAGAUGUUUUGCAUGUUGGUAAUGCAUUAGACAAUGCUAAGUCUUCUUCCUUUACCUCUUCUGUAUCACCUAUUAGAUCUAACCCUGUUAAUAUUGAGCCUGAAAAUGAUUUUCUUAAUCCACCUUCAAGUCAUCCUACUCAGAUUAAAACUCGGUCUGAUGGUUUCAUGGAGCGUUACAAAGCUCGUUUGGUUGCUAAAGGAUUUACUCAGGAAUAUGGGCUUGAUUAUAAGCAGACCUUUGCACUUGUUGCUCGUCCAACUUCAGUUCAUAGUUUGAUUGCUAUUGCUAUUGCUACUGCUAAAAUAUGGAAAUUGUUUCAAAUGGAUGUGAAAAAUGCUUUUCUAAAUGGUGAUCUUGCAAAGGAAGUUUACAUGAAACCACCUCUUGGACUUGAGCAUCCUCGAAACAAAGUUUGUCGAUUGAAUCCUCAUGAUAUUGCGCUAUUCAUACGCAAGACUAAUCAUGGUAUAGUUCUACUACUUCUUUAUGUUGAUGAUAUGAUCAUUACUGGGGAUGAUAUUUCAAGUAUUCAUGAUCUUAAGCAAUUUCUUAGUCAUAAGUUUGAGAUGAAAGAUCUUAGUGUUUUGAGCUAUUUCUUGGGACUUGAGGUCACCUCUUCUAAUGAUGGUUAUUUUUUCUCCCAAACAAAAUAUGCUUCUAAUCUUAUCUCUAAAGUUAGACUCACUAACAGUAAGACUGCAUCUACUCCUCUUGAGCUAAAUGUUCGAUUGACAUCCAUGGAUGGUUCUCCAUUAGCUGAUCCUACUUGCUACAAACAGUUGGUUGGAAGUCUAAUUUAUCUCACUACAAUAUGACUAGACAUAGCUUUUGCAGUUCAUGUUGUUAGCUAGUUUAUGGCUAUGCCUCGCUCCACUCACUAUGUAGCUGCACUUCGCAUUAUUUGAUAUAUUAAAGGUAUCAUGUUUCA